CGGCGGCGGAGGCGGCGGCGGCGCCGCGGCUGAGGCCGAGGCCCGGGCCGAGGCGGCGGCGGAGGCGGGAGCGGCCAAGCGCCUCCCCUCGCCCUCCCCCCCCCCGCUCCCUCACUCCCCCCCCCCUCCCCCGCUUCCCCUCCCGCCCAGCAGCGCCCUUCGCCGCGCCGCCACCGUGGAAGUGGAGUGCGAGGAGGAGGAGGAGGGCCCAGCGCACGCAGGCGGUUCGGCGACCGGCGGCCCGGAGCGCAGGCUGGGCCGCCAGGGCACCCAGGAGCUGGACGGCUCGUCCCGGCGGGCGCCCGAGCAGGAUGAGGCCGCCCCGCAGCCCGUCCCGGCGGGGCCGCCCCGCGCCGGAGCCGGUGCCGGUGCCGGAGCCGGUGCCGGAGCCGGUGCCGGAGCCGCCGCCAGCGCCCACCCGCCGCCGCCGCCGCCGCAGCAGCACCCCGAGGUGAGACCGCCCGCCGGCGGCGGUGCCACCGCCGCCAACAGCCCGCCGGCACCGCCGUCAGCACCGCCGCCGGCACCGCCGCUCAGCGCCAUGACGGGCAGCGAGCCCGUGUCACCCGCCUCGGCCGGCUCCCCCCCGGCCCCCGCCGCCAACAACGCCGCCACCACCACCAACACCGCCGCAACCGCCGCCACCAACACCGCCACCAACACCCCGCCGGAGCCGCCCAGCCUCUGGGACAAGACCCACGCCGAGAUCGCCGAGCAGGCCAAGCACGAGGCCGAGGUGCAGAACCGCGUCGCCGAGAUGAAGAAGGAAGGCUUCUGGUCGCUCAAGCGCCUCGCCAAGGUGCCCGAGCCGGCGCGCCCCAAGGUGCACUGGGACUACCUGUGCGAGGAGAUGCAGUGGCUGGCGGCCGACUUCGCCCAGGAGCGCCGCUGGAAGCGCGGCGUCGCCCGCAAGGUGGUGCGCAUGGUGCUGCGGCACCACGAGGAGCAGCGGCAGCGGGAGGAGCGGGCCAAGCGGGAGGAGCAGGCCAAGCUGCGCCGCGUCGCCGCCUCCAUCGCCCGCGAGGUCAAGCACUUCUGGAGCAACGUCGAGAAGGUGGUGCAGUUCAAGCAGCAGUCGCGGCUGGAGGAGCAGCGGAAGAAGGCGCUGGACCUGCAGCUCGACUUCAUCGUGGGCCAGACCGAGAAGUACUCGGACCUGCUGAGCCGCAGCCUCAACGCCCCCCGCGCCCCCCCCGGGCGGCCCCCCCGGCCCGACGACGAAGACGGCGACUUCCAGCCGCACGACGAGUCGGACGACGAGGCGACGAUCGAGGCCGAGGAGCGGCAGGAGGGCAACGACCGCGAGAGCCGCCGGCGCGAGCUCGAGCUGCUCAAGCGCGAGGGGCAGCUGCCCCUCGAGGAGCUGCUGCCCCCCCAGCUGCUGGCCCGCCCCCCGCAGCCGCCCGCCCGCUCGCCGCCGCCGCCGCCUCCUCUUCCUCCUCCUCCUCCGGCCCCGCGCCAACCCUGGACGCCCCGGCAGCGCCGCCCCGGCUCGGCCGCCUGCCGCCGCCGCCGCCGUCGUCACCGCCACCAUCGCCACGCCGAGGACGAGGAGGAGACCAUCGCCGCCCAGGAGCGCCUCGAAGGCGACGUGGACCACAAGAAAGAACUCGACGACCUGGCCCGCGAAGGGGCGCUGCCCAUGGAGGAGCUGCUGGAGAAGUACGCGGGCGCCUUCGCCGACUCCGGGAGCUCCGAGGCCCCCUCCGAGCCCGGCUCCGGCUCUGGCUCCGGCUCGUCCGCCUACGACUCCCCCGAGGACGCCAGCAGCACCCGCUCGGACUCACCGGCAGCCGAGAGCGACGAGGAGGAGGAGGAGGAUGAGGACGAGGAGGAGGAGGAGGAGGACGAAGAAGAGGAGGACGAAGAGGAGGAGGAGGAAGAUGAAGAGGAGGAGGAAGAGGAGGAGGAAGAGGAGAGCGAGGAGGAGGCGGCGGCCCCCGGCGCCGAGGAGGACCGCGGGGAGGACUGCGGCGUGGCUUACCUGCUGCAGGGCGACGAAGAACGGGCGGGCGCCCCGCCGCCCCCGGCCGCCGCCCCGACCCCCGCCCCGACCCCCACCCCGGGGCCCAAGGCCGAGAUCACCGACAUCGCCGCCGCCGCCGAGAGCCUCCAGCCCAAGGGCUACACCCUGGCCACCACCCAGGUGAAGACUCCCAUCCCGCACCUGCUGCGGGGCACCCUGCGCGAGUACCAGCACAUCGGCCUCGACUGGCUCGUCACCAUGUACGAGAAGAAGCUCAACGGCAUCUUGGCCGACGAGAUGGGGCUGGGCAAGACCAUCCAGACCAUCUCCCUGCUGGCCCACCUCGCCUGCGAGAAGGGCAGCUGGGGCCCCCACCUCAUCAUCGUGCCCACCAGCGUCAUGCUCAACUGGGAGAUGGAGCUCAAGCGCUGGUGCCCCAGCUUCAAGAUCCUCACCUACUACGGGGCGCAGAAGGAGCGCAAGCUCAAGCGGCAGGGCUGGACCAAGCCCAACGCCUUCCACGUGUGCAUCACCUCCUACAAGCUGGUGCUGCAGGACCACCAGGCCUUCCGGCGCAAGAACUGGAAGUACCUCAUCCUCGACGAGGCCCAGAACAUCAAGAACUUCAAGUCGCAGCGGUGGCAGUCGCUGCUCAACUUCAACAGCCAGCGGCGCCUGUUGCUGACGGGGACGCCGCUGCAGAACAGCCUCAUGGAGCUCUGGUCCCUCAUGCACUUCCUGAUGCCCCACGUCUUCCAGUCGCACCGUGAGUUCAAGGAGUGGUUCUCCAACCCCCUCAGCAUGAUCGAGGGUAGCCAGGAGUACAACGAGAGCCUCGUCAAGCGGCUCCACAAGGUGCUGCGGCCGUUCCUGCUGCGCCGGGUGAAGGUGGACGUGGAGAAGCAGAUGCCCAAGAAGUACGAGCACGUCAUCAAGUGCCGCCUGUCCAAGCGGCAGCGCUACCUCUACGACGACUUCAUGGGCCAGGCCAG